UCCUGCAUCCGCCCGGCGCCUCUCUCCCCUCAGUCUGCCCAAUUGUGCCCCGACGUCUGUUGAGAGAGCUUGUGCCUCCAUCGCUAGCGCAUCAGGUGGACACAGGACCUCCCGAUAGUCUCGUCAGACCAAACUUGAAGCCAUACCGAUAGCGCCCUCCGUAAGAGACACCUGACGAUGCACUGGACGCUGAGAAUGCUGGUGGCGGCGGCCUGCCUCGCCUCGCUAACCUGGGCGGGCCAACUCAGAGGCAACAAGGUGCAUAAUCAUGUUAAGAAGGCACAAGAUGAAGUGGCAGCCAUGGAUCCUGAAGAGAGAGUUAUCAGUGUUGGAAACGCAGAGGGUCUGGGAGUGUUCCUGGUCCAGCUCAGCACAAUGUCAGUUCUCCUCCUGGCUGCCCUGUACUGCAUCUACGUUGUGUUCCUGCCUUCUGUGUCCAACCGCAGCCUGCCGUGGAGCCCCUGGAAGAUGCUGGAGCAAGUCGGCGAGACCAUCGAAGCCACGGAGUUGCUCAGGCAGGUCACGAAAAGGUGAGUUGGCAGCGAGCACUCUCUCUCACGCUUUCCUUCAAACAGAUUCCACAAAGCACGCCGUGGCGGGAUCUAUCGUCCUAACCGGCGUGUGGGUUGGUGCCGCGCUGAUUAUCGCCGAGCUCAUCAAGGGCAUCGGCACCAAGAUUUACCCGUUGGAGGGCUCGCAGGGGGAUGAAAAGAUUCCAUUUUCCGUAAGGUCUGCCAGUGCCUCAACGAGCCUCCUGAAGCGAGCCCUCGCCGGCAUCGAUUCUGUAAACGCGAGGAUGGCGUCUGAAGAGCGAGCAGUGUGCAGGAAGAUGUCACUUUGUCAGAUGGGAAGCAUGACGUCAGGCUUGAAAUUCGUCCACACCUUCCUGCAGAUUCUUCGACCCGCUUUCCCGCAAAUCGAUCAGAGCUGGGAUGGUCUGCUGGCCGGGGAAGCACAAGAGGACUGCAAUCUGCUGUACCCAGAGUGUCCCAGUGCCAUCCUGAGAGCAAUGUUCGGGGAUGUUUACUGAUGCAUUGCCGCCACGCCUGUCUCAGCCCGGCGCCGCUGAGAAACUUAGAAAUAUAAUAGUAACUCCGUGAUGAAGGAGUGCAUUCAUUUCUCAGUCAUUAACGUAACUGUAGUCAUUCCUCCUUAAGAGAAUCAUUAACUAUAGCAGUCAGUCAUUCUCUUGUCUAUAUUUUCUCACUUCCCUCUCAUUCCCAUUAAAAAAGAAAAAGAAAGAAAAAAAAAUGCCAUUCCCGAUUCUUAAAUACAUCCAUUCGCCUUCAGAAAGCACCAACUAUACUCAUUUCUCUUACGAAAACCAACAACAAUAUGCAAAUACACUUAUUCCUCAUCAGAUAAAACAAGGUCACUCACCAGUCUCAACCACACCCAUUCCCUUAAAAAAAAAAAAAAAAAAAACACAACGAUGUACAAAUAGACUCAUUCCUUUCAGAAAACCGAAUAUACCAUUCCUCAACCUCCAGUCUACUCACUUCCCUUACGAAAACAAACAAAUAUAUACAAGUACACUCAUUCCCUUUCAGAAAAAACAAAUUAAGUCAUUCUCAAUCUCCACUCCACUCAUUCCCAUUCAGAAAUCCACACAAAGCUGUCACGCCUUUGCUUUCAGUCAGGACAGACAUGAGAGUAGUGACCUGUGAAGAGACUGGUGGUAUUCAGAUAGUGACGCUAAGGGGCUGACACUCAUACUAACUAGUCACUUUGCAAGGCCAUUCUGACUCAUGCUGGGACGCCUUGCAUUCUUAUCGGUCUUAUGCCUUCAGUGGGACAUUUAUUUAUUUAUUCAUUGAUUUCUUUCUGUUUUUUUGUCACCCUUGCCUAGAGUCCCGUCAUGCAUAAGGGAAAUAUCAAUGAAAAGUAGUACAUUAUUCCUAAGUCGAGGAUGCAAUUGCUGAUAUUUCUCGUAUUUCAUCCAUUUUCAUUGUUUUUCUUUUCUUUCAUAAAUAACUAUACAAAUAAAAAUGACGUGCUGUUCGUAAGUCGAUGAAUAUGUUGAUUUUUUGUGUUUCGUUCAUUUUGACUUACUUUUUUUUUCAUAUUUAUUUAUUUUUUCUUUCUUUUUCCGAGGCUAGAGGAUGCUAUGCUGUGUAUUCAUUAUAUUUGUUUUUGUCUAUUGAUUUGUUUCUGGCGCGCAUUUAGUUAUCUGUUCGUCAGUCGAGGAAUAGCCUUUGUGAUACGUUUUUAUUUUUCUCUAUUUUUUUUUUUUUUUUUGAGACAAUAGAAUGUUAUUUAUUAUUUUAUUCCAUUCAUUUAUACUUUCAUUUCUUUCAACCUUUCAUCUCUUCGUGUCCCACAGAUGGUUAAUUCAUUUUACACAUUUUUAUUCAUUUAUUUAUAUGUCUUCUUUAUUUAUUACUACUAAUGUAUAUUUAUGUAUUUAUAUCAGUCCCCGCUGGCCGGGGACCGUCACUAAUUGUUACUUCUAUGUUAAUAAAACAAUGUUGAACUGA